AUGUCCCAUUUGGAGGAGGUUGUGUUUAGAGGGGAGAAGGAUAGGUGGGUGUGGCUUCCGGAUGAUGGAUGUUUAUUCUCAGUGAAAUCAUCUUAUUCCAUUUUGGAAAAUAUCUUGCUUUUGGAGGAAGGUGUGGGAGAUUUAAAUGAGGGGGUUUUCUCUACUUUGGAUGAGUCCGGCUCCGUCCAAAGUAGUGGCGUUUUCGUGGGCGUUACUCGUAUUCCGGCGAAGGGAAUGGCUGGGGUGUUGAGUGAGGAGUCUGGAGUGGGAACUUCACGUGUGCAGCAGCAGGUUGAGAAUGAAAUCACGCCUACUUUGGCUCCUUACCGCGACACGGACGAAGACGAUGGUGUCUUCGUAGAACAAAAACCUUCUGAGUUAUAUGGGAAAUAUACAUGGAAGAUAGAAAAGUUUAACCAGAUUACCAAAAGGGAACUUCGCAGUAAUGCAUUUGAAGUUGGAGGCUACAAAUGGUAUAUUUUAAUUUAUCCACAAGGAUGUGACGUUAGCGAUCAUCUCUCACUAUUUCUGUGUGUAGCUAAUCAUGACAAACUUCUUCCAGGAUGGAGUCACUUUGCGCAAUUUACAAUAGCCGUUAUCAAUAAAGACUCAAAGAAAUCAAAAUAUUCUGAUACAUUGCACCGAUUUUGGAAGAAGGAGCAUGACCGGGGAUGGAAAAAGUUUAUGGAGCUGUCAAAGGUGAAUGGGCAUGACGGAUUUGUCGAUUAUUCUGACAAUUUGAUAAUAAAAGCUCAAGUUCAAGUCAUCAGGGAGAAACCAGACAGGCCUUUCCGUUGCCUUGAUUGUCAAUAUAGGAGAGAACUAGUUAAGGUAUAUUUGACAAAUGUAGAACAAAUUUGUCGGCGUUUUGUGGAGGAAAGACGAAGCAAGCUUGGGAAGUUGAUAGAGGAUAAAGCUAGGUGGUUGAGUUUCUCUGCUUUCUGGAGUAAAAUUGAUCAAACAUCUAGGCGCCGCAUAUCUAGGGAGAAGACAGAUGUAAUUUUGAAAGUAGUAGUGAAACACUUCUUUAUCAUGAAAGAUAUCACCUCUACUUUGGUAAUGGAGUCCUUGUAUAGUGGAUUGAAGGCUCUCGAGGGUCAGACUAGCAAAAAAGAAUGGAAAAAAUUGUUGGAUUCUGAAAAAAUACCAACACCUAUUGUUCGCGUUGAGAAUGACAUGUUUGUACUGGUGGAUGAUGUUUUACUGCUUCUUGAAAGGGCUGCUACAGAACCGCUCCCUCCAAAAGAUGAAAAGGGUCCCCAAAAUUGUACGAAGAAUGGACACUCUGGGGAGGAUUUCGACAAAGAUUGUAUUGAGCAUGAUGAAAGGUGUCUCACAGAAUUAGGGCGCAUGACUUUGGAAAUAUUUGUCCUUAACUAUAUAUUCAGCAACAAAAUUGAAGUUGCUUAUCAGGAAGCAGUUGCUCUAAAGAGACAAGAAGAACUCAUCCGUGAAGAAGAAGAGGCAUCAUGGAAAGCUGAAAAUGAUCAGAAAACAAAACGUGGAGCAAAUGAGAGGAAAAAGAAGUCAAAGAAAAAGCAGGUUGGUGGAAAAUUAAUGAAGAGCCUUGACUUAGAUAUUUUGAAUUUAGGUUCUUGA